UUAAUGGUAGUUUUUGAUUCGCUGUAUUACAAUUUAGACGAAUGUGACUACAAUGGCUUUUUUUGUCUCGUACUAAAGUGACAGGGUGAUUCACACAAAGCAGAAGAGUGAAAGUGUGUGUGAGCAGGGGUGUCCCCAGGGGUCGAGUGGGCGCUUCCCGGCCCGACCUCCUCUGUCACAUCCCUGGAGCUGCCAGUCCUUCCCUCUAACAUCCAUCAUUUACAUGUGGUCAGCUGUCACCUCGUGAAAUUUUACAGUCCCUCCUUUAGCCGGCUGAGCACAGCUUGCGUCACUCUUUGCGGCAUUUCACGAGAGAGAUGCCAGCGAUAGUUUUCGGUACAGACGCAACGUGGAAAAUUUGACUUUGAGCUCUUGAGCGUACAGGACGAUCUCCAAGUUCAGAGGAACAGAGAGAUGGUGAAGGAAGGCAAGAAGGCAGAACUGAAGGCCGUUGGGGGGAAGUUGUGCAAGAUCUAUCGGGCUCCGAUGUAAGUCACGAGUGGAGGCAAUGAGAUGACAAUCUAACCAUUUAAAGAGGGGCGUGAAGGAGCAACAGAGAGCAUGCAAACCAGAGAGAAAGAGAGACGUAUGUUGUGAAGAGUUUGGUGAAGAAAAUUUCACAGUUCCAACCUCCAACAGGAAACAUUGACUUCCGGCUGAUCUGCAACUGACUUGACCGUAGUAUUUGGCUGCUUCCAAGGUUGUACCACAGUACAAAACCAGGAAAGUCUUCCAGCACCACGCACGGGCCUGGUUGGCAGAUAGAACAAUGCUAUCAGACCAAGAUAGGCUCAGCGCCACAUCAGGAGAUACACUGUCUCUUCCGCAGACCCAGAAUACAAGAAGCCACAGACAGUCGUGGCAUGGCUUAAGACAGGCUUCUCCUGCCCAAGUGAGAAAACUGGGGUUCACCAGAAGACAUAAGGAGAGGAGAGGCUUCAAGGAAGAUGAGAAUCCUGAGGAAAGACAUAAGAGGCACAGGGAGGAGGAGUUGAAACCUUUGUAUAAGGAGCUCCUGUAUACAAUAGCUCACAGACUGGGAAAACCUGUUAUCAACAAGAAGACUGAUAGUUCUCAGCUCCAUCACUAUAUCCAGGAGGCUUUCUCUAUGACAGAGGAGGAGCACAAAGAAUUGUUGAACAGUGUACAAUACAAGAAGCAGCCAGUGUACUGUUUGAUGGUAACUGUGAAGGAAGCUAAGGACAUCUUGGGAAAAGACAUCAGCGGUUACAGUGACCCUUACUGUUUACUGACCAUAAUGCACAACGCGAAAGAGGGCAAACCAAAAGCAACAUCGCUUAAGCCCCUUAAAGCAGUGGUGAAGGGCAAUGUUCCAGCCAAAAACAUUUACCAGACUGAUGUCAAGAAGCAGACACUUAACCCCAUCUGGAACCAGACAUUCAUAAUGGAAUUUGAUGAACUUGCAGGUUCCAACUUCCAUAUGGAGAUGUGGGAUAAGGAUGAGGAGGUGUCACUGGGACAGAAAUUGGAGGAGAUAAGAACCAAUCUUCAUGGACUCAGGAGAAUGCUAAAGGAUGCCAAGAAGGAGAAAGGCCAGGAUGACUUCCUGGGAAACAUUGUGCUUAAGUUAGAGGAUCUCCACUGCGUAGAGGAUUGCUGGUAUCUUAUAGAGCCACGAACAGAAACCUAUCCUAACAGGGGAAAAUGUCACCUGCAACUGAAGUUUGUCCACAAAGAGAGGGAUGAGACACUGAGUGCUGGACGCAGUGCAUAUGCCAGUUACUGUGGGAUCCUGCAGCAGUUUGUCCAGUCACACAUCUCCAAACAGCAGGGCAGUGGAAUCUGGAAAGGGGAGCUGUGUGAAGAAGGGCAGAUGCUGCUGGAGUACUAUGCCACUCAGAAUGAUCUUUCACCCUUCCUACAGGACCUAGCGAAGUGGGUAGCCUACAGUAAGCUGUACCAGACUCUAGAGUUGGACCCCACUGUGUUGUUCAAGCAGCUUACCAGCAUAGAGUACCACUGGGAUCAGCAACAGCUGCCAUAUCAGCAGAAACAGGAAUUAGGCGACUCUCUGCAUGGCUUUUUGCAGUACGGUUUGUGCCUGGUUUCCAAGUACAGAGAUAUCUUUCCCCCAACUCCCAGCGCUACCCCACGUCUUCAAACCCUGCUCAGGGUUCUAGUCCAAAUUUGCAAGACGAGGGCCUUUCAAAAGCUGAAUCCGGCCCAGUUUGACUUGCACGAUGAGGUCAUUGAUGCUGUGCAGGUGGGCACACAGGAAUGGUUUAACAUAAAGAAGGGUCUCCACCAACCUAUGACAAAGGAUAUAACAGAAAGGGUGAGGGCCCUCUCCUGCCUCAUACAAGAGGUGCAGGAAGAUGUCCAGCUCAGCAAGGAUGUGUGGAACAAGGUCUUUGUCAGUGCUGUUCAGUUGGACAUGUUCACGGUGGUCUACUAUGAGCUGGACUUACUGCUUGCUGCUGAGGUUCGAGGCACAUUAGGAGAGAUGGAAGACCAAAUGGAGCCAGCAUUGGCCAACAGCCUGUUUCCCCUCUACCUCAGCCUGAAGGCUAUCCACAAAGACAAGGCCUUCCUGCAGAAGAGGGGCAAAAUGCUUGAGCUGACAGAUUUCCAGGAGUGUUUCCGGGAUGCUCUACCAUACUGGCUGAAAAAGGCCUAUAACACCACCCUGGAGAGAGUUCAGAGGGCAGUACAGAUUGACGAGCUCCAGCCCAUGCAGUUAGGCACAGUACCUGUGAAGCACAGCUCAUCCGCAGUGGACCUUGUAGCCUGUCUGCAACCCGUCUGCCGGCUGUGGGAGGAGCUGGCCUGGCCUGAUGCUGAAGAGGGCUUCAUGCUCAUGGUCAAAUUGACUGAGGAUAUAUGCAAGAUCGCAGUGACGUUCUGUGAAUUGCUGAAGCAACGGGUGAAGAAGUUGUCUGAAAAUUCUGACCCCGGCACUGCUGUUAACAUGCUGUGUGUGGUAGUAAAUGACCUGGAAUACGUGCGCACUGUGCUGACCCGCUUGCCACAACAGCUCAACUGGGCCGGGUUACGCGAGCGCACAAAUCAUGUGAUUAAGGAGGCCCAGUUCAACAACACUCUGCCAUCCCAGCUGCAGCACACACAGGGCGUUCUCACCCGGGAGAUCCGCUCAGCUCUCGUGACACUGGGAAAGCAGCUGCGAUCCGACAUCGAGAAGCACGUGUUGAACAUGGCAAGCCGUCGUAGGUUGUCUGUCAGAUCCACAGAAGAUGCGGUCCUCCCUUUAAUGCGGUACUUGGAGAAGGAGUUGCAGUAUAUGAAUGAGAACCUGGUCCAAGAGAAUUUCAACAGUCUGCUGGCUCCACUCUGGGUCAACUCUGUGCAGAUCCUAGACCAGGUGUCCAAGAAUCAGAGUGGGGUGAUGGAGUUUUACCAGAGACUACACUACACACUGCAGUGUCUGGAGCAGUGUUUUCAUGCUGAAGGAAAUGGUCUGUCUCUGGAGACACUGCACUCCGCUGAGUUCAAGACUCUGAAAGCUCACCUGGUGCAAAACUCCUUAAGCACCCAGCAGCUGAUUGAGAAGUUUCUGGAGAGGAAGGUUUAUGAGCAGAAAACGUACAGCAGUGAGAAUUAUGGCGCAGUCACUCUCAUUACUUCUUACAAGCGAUCCGACCAGAAACUCCACAUUGAGGUGCUCAACGCUGUGAACCUUAUCCCCAUGGACUCAAAUGGCUUCAGUGAUCCAUUUGUCCAGCUGUCACUAGAGCCUCGACAUCUGUUCCAUGAGGUGGAGUCGCGUCGCACACAAAUCAAGACUCGUGACCUCAACCCCCUCUUUGAAGAGUCCUUUGAAUUCCUGGUGUCUCUGGAGCAGUGCAAUGCGGCAGGGGCAUGCCUGAUGGUCACUGUGCUGGAUCACGAUACCAUAAGCAGUGACGACUUUGAGGGAGAGGCCUUCCUGUCCUUGAGGGCUGUGCCAGGGGUUGGCGGUACAGCUACUUCCCCUGCCCAGAUAAGGCUGCCUCUCAUGCACCCAAAGCCGAACGACGACAGCAUCCUGCAGUUACUGGAGGCGAGGAAGGCAGACCGUGAGGCACAGGCCUUUGUCAAGCUGCGCAGACAGAAAGAGAAGAUGUCACAGGAAGAAUGAAAGCGGUAACAGAAAAGCACAAAGAGAAUAACAAAAUGUGUGAAAAAUGUAAAUUUGCAUUGUUUUUAUCUGUAUUGACCAAAGUAUCAACAGCAGCACUUGGUUCAUUGACUCAUCAUCUUACAGUAGUGAUUUAGUCUUUAUCACCUCUAGUCCUAAUGAUCAGUCUGCCUCUCUCUGAGAGUGUGACCUGACUCACACCAAACACUACCGUCAUGUUCACGGCACAAGUGCAAACCCUCUCAGUCAAAUGCUAAUUACAAUUUACACUAUAAUUCCACUGACCAAGGAAAAAAAA